AGAUCAUGGACAAGCAAGCAAUAGAGGAUCAAUAUCUGAGAAUCAACAAAUUUUUUGGACAGCUAGUUGGUGUAUGGCCUUAUCAGGAAAGAUUCACCAAAUCUUGCAUACGAUUAACUAUAUCAGCUAUAAUAAUCCUUAUUCUUACAACGCAGAUAUAUCAGGUAAUAGUGUUCUGCACAUUGGACGCCUUAUCGAAUCAAUUGCCAUACUUGAAUGCUGUGUUCAUCCUCUUAUUCAAACAGUACAAUUACAUUCUAAAUGAGGAUAAGCUCAGAGAACUUCUAAAUGACAUCAUAUUUGACCGGCUGAUGGUACGAUCGAAGAAAGAGUUAGAAAUUUUGAACAUGUAUUCAAGAAGGGCAACGACGCUCUGCAUUUUUUAUGAAGUUAUAGUAAUUUCCAGCGCGUUCAUGUUCAUCAUGAUACCAACUAUACCACCUAUUUUGAACAUCAUCAUACCCUUGAACGAAUCACGGGGCCGUGAAUUCAUCUAUCCAACCUAUUUUUUCAUAGACGAGGAAAAAUAUUAUUAUCCUAUACUAACCUACAUGGCAACAGUAAUAUUGAUAGUGUCUUCAGUGUAUUUAGCCUGUGAUACGAAUUUGGUACAAAUUGUGCAUCAUGGAUGCGCCUUGUUAGCUAUCAGCGGGUAUCAUUUCAAGCAUGCAGUGGAUGACAUGAAGUUUCCCGACGGAAAUUAUAUUGACCUGCUAAUGAACGAAACUUAUGAAAAGGUUAAACAAUCCAUUAAGGCUCACAAAACAGCCGUUGAAUACGUGAAUAAAAUCGACGCCUGCCAUAUAUAUUACUUCUUACUUAUCAUAGGAACGAUAGUCUUAGCUUUCACCGGUACUUUCCUAAAGUUGUCGACCAUGGAAAUAGAGAUUAGAUUCUUCACGUUCUGCGGAUACACAGUUGCUCAACUAACUCAUCUGUUUUUCUUAACGAUUAUGGGACAGUUUCUUAUAAAUGCCAACGACGAAAUUUUUAAAACAAUAUAUGAAGCACAUUGGUACAAUGGUUCAUCGAGAACGCAAUCAUUAUACGUAUUGGUACUUCGGAAAUGUUUGAGCCCGCCAACAUUGACAGGAGGGGGCUUAAUUGCUUUGAAUUUAGACAGUUUUGUACAGAUCUUAAAAUUAUCAUUUUCAUAUUAUACCGUAUUUAGAUCUUAAUAAAUUGAUGAUUAAUAGAUUAACUAUAUAAUAUGUAAAGUAGAAAAUUCAAUUUCUCGAUGCAAUUAUCAGUAUUUAUAUUUAUAUAAUAGUAUAUUAAUUAAGUUGUAGAAUUAAUUAGGUUUAGUUAUUUGUUGUUUCAUGCAUAAAAGUAUAUUCAUGUUAAA